AUGAAGAAAAUGUGCAGUACGUUAGCAGGUCGAAAGUCUCGUAGUGGUCGCAUCGCUUUCAUUAAUUGGAAAUGUGGACAGGUCGAAUGUGGACACAGUGGUGGAAAGGAUAAGCAAGAAAUCAAGGUGUAUUUUACAUUCGCUUGUGAUAGAAGCGACGAUCCGCAGUCAAAAAUCGUAUUCUUGUCACUGGGAGGGCCACAAACAUUGGUACACAUCCUCAAUAACUACUCACAAUAUCCAAAGCUAAUGUAUACUGUAAUCCGAUGCAUAAGAUCACUGUCGGUCUGCCAACAGAACAAGGCGGCACUAACCAGUCUGGGAUGCCUGCCUGCGUUGUACAAGGAAAUGUGCACUGCGGCAGAUGAUCGUGUACUGCUAGCAAUUCUUGUUGCUUUGAGAAAUUUGUCAGAUGCAGCCACUAACGAGGACAACUUAGCGCCAUUGGUAAUUCGCUUGCUUGAAAUAGUCCGUGUCGCAGAUGCAGCCCAAACUUCGUGUGCUUGCGGAAUACUGAGUAAUCUGACUUGUAAUAAUGUUCGAAAUAAGCAAACGCUGUGCACGAACCAUGGUGUGGAGUCUCUAGUGGAAGCCAUAAACCGCUUCCCCGAUGUUGAAGAAGCUACUGAACCUGCGCUCUGUGCUCGCGAAGAACGCGAAACAGUUGUCUCUUUGACCGUGGACAUUCUCGCCCACGCUGCGGCCACAAUUCGUGAAGAUCCGGCUGCAGAAAGUGAUGGAGUGCCAAUAUGGGGUGUAGUUGAAGGUGCCGUAUCCGCCUUGCACCAACUGGCAUCGCAUCCAGCAGUGGCAGCUCAUCUGUGCGAGGAUCCGGCUUUCUUGACCCUUAUAGUCGAGUUUCUCUCCAGAAGCGAUGUGAGUUCGGAAGGCUACGUGCUCAUUUACCCAGGAACUUCAGGUUUAGUGGUUUUAUAUCAGGUGCUGAAGACGAAUUGCUUGAGCGUGAAUUGCUCGGCCUUCAUCUACCAGCUUAGUAAGACUCCCGAAGGAGCGCGCACAGUUGAAGAAGCUGGUAUGAAUUUAUUAGAAGAUUGUUGCGUCACACCGAUCUUGGUCGAGGCCAUGCGAUCGGAACACAAAUCCGUUGCUACUUAUGCUUCUGGUGUACUGAAGAAUUUGGAGAACGACAAGCCAGCACCAUAUAGACAGAUUCGCCACCUAUGUGACGAAAUACAGUAUGAUGGCUCAGGAGCACCUGAUCUUUCCUAUCCUACCAAGUCAGCAGUCUUAGGAUUGUGA